UUGAAGCCAUAGAUGGGUGAUUGAAGAACUUCUUUACCAAUAACCUUCAACUUUCAAGUUUCUAACAAGGGUUUCUUAUGGAUCAUCAACUACAGUCCGAUAUUGAAUGUUUUAUCAUCCUUGAGGAGAUAUUGUGCCAACAAUUUCUUGUUAUGUUUAUUUUUCUCUUCAUGGUUAUUCAUGGUAUUUCUAUAAAAAGAAAUAGGCAUGUGAUUAGGUACCUUAUGAGUAGUUGAGUUCCUAAAAUUAUAUCUCAUUUAAAUUGUAUUGUACAAGAUAGUGACACAGCAUGUAUUGAUAAGUUAAGGAUGAAUAGAAAUUCUUUUCACAUUUUAGUUCUCUUAACUAAGGAAGUUGGAGGUCUAACUGAUAGCAAAUAUAUGUCAAGUAGUGAAAAGUUAGCAAUGUUUUUAAAUAUUUUGGCUCAUCAUGAGAAGAAUAGAUCCAUUAAGGUUGAUUAUAUUAGAUCAGGCUGGAGCGUAAGUCAAGCUUUCAAUGAAUGCUUGAAAGCUAUUCUAAAACUAGCUCCAUUGUUACUUGUUAACCCCAAACCGGUGCUUGAAGAUGAGCUUGACGAUCGAUGGAGAUGGUUUAAGGGAUGUCUAGGUGCAUUGGAUGGUACAUACAUUCAAAUUAGAAUUCCAUCUAAGGACAAACCAAGAUACAGGACAAGAAAGGGAGAAAUAGCAACUAAUGUACUAGGAGUUUGUGAUAAAAAUCUUAACUUUACUUAUGUAUUACCUGGUUGGGAAGGAUCAGCGGCUGAUGGUCGUGUAUUACGAAAUGCUAUAACUCGAACGAAUGGUUUGAAAAUUCCCGAGGGUAAUUAUUAUUUGUGCGACGGAGGAUAUACAAAUGGAAAUGGUUUUCUUUCACCUUACCGAGGAUAUAGAUAUUGGUUAAGGGAUUGGCAAGGUGAAAAUCCACCACCCCAAUGUCGAGAAGAGCUUUUCAAUAUGAAGCAUGCUAGAGCUCGUAAUGUUAUUGAAAGGACAUUUGGUCUCUUGAAAGGACGUUGGGGAAUUCUUAGAAGCCCUUCUUGGUACUCGGUUAAGAUACAUAACAGGAUUAUUAGUGCUUGUUGUUUGAUACACAACUUUAUUCGUAGAGAGAUGGAAGUGGAUCCCUUAGAGAUCGAUGUGGAAGAACAAGUAGAAUAUCAACAAGAUAACAUUGAUGUUGUUGAAUCAUCUCAGGAGUGGACCACAUGGAGGGAUGAGUUGGCUCAAUCAAUGUGGAAUGCUAACUCAAGCAAUUGAUCUUUCAUUAUUUUGUGCUUGUUAUAUGUUUUAUGCUGCAUUUGAAUUAUUAUUCCCUUUAGUUUUUGAUAUUCUUGUAAGAUGCAUCAACUUUUAGCUUUUUAUGAUAUAAGAAACAAUUACUUACAUUAA